AGGUCUGAAAUCCGAACCAGUUGAGAGAGAGGAGAGUGAGGAGUUAAGCAAUGGCUGUAAUAGCAUCUGCACAGACUCUUCAUGUUCUGCAGCCUCGCUCCGUUUCUUCUCCACAAUCUCGGCGGUUCCCACCCCGAUUCCCCAGGGCUCCCCAUGUUAAGACUUCACUCUCCUUUAAAUCAACCGAGGCUCCUAAUAUCAGACAUAGUCUCCUUGUAAGAGCUUCUUCUACCUCUGAUUUCAACCCCGAUAUCGGUGAAAUCUUAGGUGAAGUUAGCGUCUUCACAGCUUCCGGCGAAUCCGUGUUGUUUAAGGAUCUCUGGGAUCAGAAGGAGGGAGUCGCUGUUGUUGCACUUCUGAGGCAUUUUGGGUGCUUUUGCUGCUGGGAACUUGCUUCAGCUCUAAAAGAAUCAAAAGCAAGAUUUGAUUCAGCUGGUGUGAAGCUAAUUGCAGUUGGUGUUGGUACUCCUAACAAAGCUUGUAUUCUUGCUGAGCGGUUACCAUUUCCAAUGGACUGCCUUUAUGCGGAUCCUGACCGCAAGGCCUAUGAUGUCUUGGGCUUAUACUAUGGUCUUUCCCGUACACUAUUCAGCCCAGCCAGUGCUAAGGUGUUUUCAAGAUUUGAGUCACUGCAGAAAGCUCUGAAAAACUAUACUCUGGAAGGCACCCCAGACGAUAAAAGUGGCGUCUUGCAACAGGGAGGGAUGUUUGUUUUCAAAGGGAAGCAGUUGUUGUAUGCAUGGAAAGACGAAGGAACAGGUGAUCAUGCCCCUUUAGAUGAUAUCUUUGAUGCCUGUUGCAGAGUUCCAGUAGCAUGAAGCUUAACCGCAUAUCACCCUUUGGGAUGUCUGAUCCAGUGAAGUGAAAUUUUGCCAUGAUGUUAUUCAAAAUAUUCAAUGAGUUUCUGCCUCGUGUAGUCACGCAAAUAUUCUGCUUUCUGCAUAGCUGGUCAAAUGUUGUAUUAUUGAACACAAUAUGUUUGUAAAAUUGCAAUUAAAUGUAUAAGAUAGUGAUACCUGUACCUAACUUCCAGGCUUCCAGCAAUGACAAAGCAAAUUGAAGUCUAGAGCUUCAACUCCCUUA